AAAGUAGUCGCUUAUUGAACGUGCGAUGAGUUGCACACUGAUUGUGUCUUGUUUCCUUUUCAAUAUACCUGUAUAGAGUUGUGUGUUCUUAUUGAAUUUCUCCGAAAUCGUGAAUGUGGAUAUACUAAAUUAAAAUUCUUUGCAAUUCUACUUUCACACUUUUGUAAAAUUUGUAAAAUUUCGUCUUUGUAACCAUUUUUGCUUAUACUCAUGUAUUGUGAGUCUUAUGCAAAACAACAAAAAUCGGCCAACAAUAUCAAUAGCCGUAUAUAACGAAAUAGCUUUUGUGCAUUUAAAAUUGGUGUCCAUAAUAAUAAUAGUGCGCUUUCCAAGAGUGUUAUCACUUUAAUAUAUUGGUUUUAAUAAACUUAUACGCUUAUCAUAUUAUCAAUUUGAUCUGAAGUUGUGUUUACGAUAAGAAUCUUAUAUACUGCGUGGAACGGACGGAACACAAAACUGUACAGAGUUAAAGGUUAAUUGAUUUUUAAAGUUCUUUCACCAUUGAACAUGAAUACGAUAGAAUAGAGGAAACGACUAAUAUAUAUAUAAUGGCGAGACCUCAAUACAUCGCUGCAUUAGAUGUGGGAACCACGACGAUAAGAUGCUUUAUCUACAAUGACAGUGUGAUAACUAUUGGCUCGGCCACUGAACAGGUUCAUCUUUUGUAUCCAAAACCGGGAUUCGUUGAAAUUGACCCAGAUCAAUUAUGGAAUAGUAUCAUCAAAACUAUUGAAAACGCCGUUAAAGAUGCAAAACUGGAGAUGAGCGAUAUAAUUUGUCUAGGCAUAUCCACUCAACGUUCAACAUUCAUAACGUGGGAUAAACAAACCGGUCAAACGUUUCACAACUUUAUUACGUGGAAGGAUAUUCGAGCAGACAAAUUGGUGAAGAAAUGGAAUUCCAGCUGUAUCAUCAAGACAAUGCAUGGAGUUUCGAGGUUCCUCUAUUUAAUGACAAGGAGCAGUAGAUUUUUAGCUGGAAGUGUAUUAAAAUUAAUGAAUACUCAAACAACUCUAAGACUACACUGGGUGAUAAAAAACAAUGAACGUCUCAAUGAAGCUAUUCGAAACAAAACGGCAAUGUUCGGUACGCUAGACUCUUGGUUACUUUACAGGUUACGGAAGGGAUACUCUCAAAAUAAGUAUGUGGAACACAUCAGUGAUAUAACCAGUUGUUCGGCGACAGGAUUUUAUGAUCCAUUUUCGUUAAACUGGGCCGAUUGGGCGCUAAAAUUAUUUUCGAUCAAUAAAGAUAUGCUGCCUAGAGUGGUGGAUAAUUCAUAUGACUUUGGAUACGUUGACAAAUCAAUAUUGGGACAUGAAAUCAAAAUUGGAUGCAUGAUUGGUGAUCAAUCGGCAUCGAUGUGGGGGUCUUGUUGCUUUAAUAGAGGAGAUGUUAAGGUUACCUUGGGAACCGGAUCAUUUCUCAACGUGAAUACAGGUCAAAAAUGUCACGCAUCGGUACAUGGGUUAUAUCCGCUGGUAGCGUGGAGGUGGAGAAAGAAAGAACAAAAGUCUGAUGAAUUAAUGUACUGCGUCGAGGGUGCAUCCAAUGACACCGGUUCAAUUAUUAAAUGGGCUCAAGAUUUUGGAUUAUUUACCGAUCCCGCUGAGUCGUCUGAUAUUGCUAAUACAGUUGAUAAUACUGAUGGAGUUUAUUUUGUGCCUGCAUUUAGCGGAUUAGGGGCACCCGUUAAUGAUUAUCAAGCUGCGUCCGGUUUAAUCGGUCUACGUCCGUCGACCAAUAAUGCUCACAUUGUUCGCGCCGUUUUGGAAAGUAUCGCAUUUAGAGUGGCCCAACUGUACACGUGCACUCUGAACGAGACUGAUUUUACAUUUUCAGUGAUCAGAGUGGAUGGAGGCGUUUCUCGUAACGAUUUCGUAUGUCAGUUGUUGGCAGAUUUAACAAGACUUCAUGUAGAGCGAAGUGAUAAUCCUGAAUUAAGCGUGCUAGGAGCUGGAUUUCUUGCCGGUUUGAAUGUGGGCGUGUGGAAGGAUCGUAACGAUUUGUUGCGAUUACGGAAAGUGGAGAAGGUAUUCGUACCGCGACCUGAGAUUAAUUCCAAGUGUUUGGAGUCUUUUCGAGCGUGGGAAAAAGCUUGUAAUAGAUUUAAAGGUUGGUACAACGAGGUCAAAUAAAUCAUGCAUGGGAGAUAUCUUGUUCGGUUUUGGAUUUUUAUAAGCACUCUUAGUGUUGGAAAAUGUUUUGAAAAUCAAUAAAAAUACGAAAAUGAUUCGCCAGUAAAA